UCUCCCUCCUCCGCUGGCUACCUUUCACCUCUUUUAAGCCUUUAUACUCUCGCCGUCUCAUGCAAUUACCCGCAAGAACUCGACCCUGCUCUGCCCCAGACGCCCAACCAAUCCCGUCGCGCGUCAAUCAGCACGUAGCAUCAGACGCAGCAGCAGUCGUCGUCACUGCCUCCUUGUCAAAUUAGCCUGAUUGGAAUGGCGAGAGGAGGAGGAGGAGGAGGCGCGGCCGAGGAGGAAGAGGAGGAGGAGGAGAUGGCGGUGAGCGAGACGCUCACGGCGGACUCCGUCGACGAGGAGCGCCGCCGCGGGAGCAGCUCCAGCGCCAGCUCCGUGGCCGCCUCCAGCGAGUCCUACUGCCCGCCCGACGAGUGGCAGCAGGUCGCCAUCAAGACCUGCGUCACCGACGACGCCAUGCCCAAGCCGCCGCCCGGCGAGAAGAAGCCGCCGCCCGCCGGCGACGCGUGCGCCGAGCGGCACAGAGCCCCAGAGCUGGAGCUGAUGAAGGAGCGGUUCUCGAAGCUGCUGCUGGGCGAGGACAUGUCCGGGAGCGGCAAGGGCGUCUGCACCGCGCUCGCCAUCUCCAACGCCAUCACCAACCUCUGCGCGACGAUUUUCGGGCAGCUGUGGAGGCUGGAGCCGCUGGCGCCGGAGAAGAAGGCCAUGUGGCGGCGGGAGAUGGACUGGCUGCUCUGCGUCAGCGACCACAUUGUCGAGCUCGUGCCCACAUGGCAGACCUUCCCUGACGGGACGAGGCUUGAGAUCAUGACGAGCAGGCCCCGAUCCGAUCUGUACAUCAAUCUGCCGGCGCUCCGGAAGCUAGACCACAUGCUGCUCGAAACACUGGAGAGUUUCAGGGACACCGAGUUUUGGUACGUCGACCAGGGGAUAUGCGCGCCGGACUGCGACGGUUCAGCCUCGUUCCGGAGGCCGGUCCACCGCCGUGACGAGAAGUGGUGGCUGCCCGUGCCUCGACUGGCCCCCGGCGGCCUCCGCGAGGCCACCAGGACGCAGCUGGAGCACAAGCGCGACUGCGCCAACCAGAUCCUCAAGGCCGCCAUGGCCAUCAACAGCAACGCCUUGGCAGAGAUGGACGUCCCCGACUCGUACCACGACUCCCUGCCAAAGAAUGGGCGCGCCACGCUUGGCGACAUCAUAUACCGGUACAUCACGUCGGAGCAGUUCUCUCCCGACUGCCUCCUCGACUGCCUGGACCUCUCGUCCGAGUACCAGGCCGUGGAGAUCGCCAACCGUGUCGAGGCCUCCAUCUACGUAUGGCGCCGGAGGGGAACCGCCGCCGGCAGGUCGGCGGGCACCAAGUCGUCUUGGGGCAUCGUCAAGGAGAUGAUCAUGGACACGGAGAAGCGAGGGGACCUGCUCGCCGAACGAGCCGAGGGCCUGUUGAUUUCACUCAAGCAGAGGUUCCCAGGGCUGACGCAGACGAGCUUGGACAUGAGCAAGAUCCAAUACAACAAGGAUGUGGGGAAAUCGAUCCUGGAGAGCUACUCGCGGGUUCUGGAGAGCCUGGCCUCCAACAUCAUCGCGCGCAUCGACGACCUGCUCUACGUGGACGAGCUAACCAAGCAGACCGACCAACCUCCCGCCGGUGCCAAGGUUUCCUCCUGCAAGAACAGCAAGGCUGUCAACGCGCCGUUGCCAGCGUACCCGGUGCCCGUCUCGGGCACGGCGUACGCCACGCCGAGCUUCUCGCCGGCGCAGCUGUCUAGUCCGUCCAAGAUCGGGAGGGCGCUGCUGGUCGACAGGCGGGCGCACCACGGCAGGGCCUCCAAAAGGUCCUUGCUGGCAGUGGCAGACCACGGCGGCGGCGCGGAGGUCAAGGGGAUGCUCGUCACCAGCGCCGUGUUCGACGCCCCGUUGGCCACGGAGCUGUGAGGCCCCGCUUGGCCCGAGCAUUUGUAGUGUGUUUGAUUUCGACGAGAAUGCAACCCCCUUCGGCCGGCGGCUUCUCCAUGUACAUCUUCGUGUUUGUUGUUUGCGUGGUUUCUUGCCACGUGUUACUUUUGUUAGUCUAGUAAAAUUUGUAAUGCUUUUGGCACUC